AUGUUUGCUAGACUCGCUACCCUUGCUACACUCGCUCUCCCUCUCGUGUCUGCUACAUUGACGCUCAACACACCGACGGAUGCAAAGUCUGACCCUGCCAGGUUCAACAUGGAAAUGGUCAACGGAAACUACAACAGCCAGUCCGACCUCGCAAACAACGUUCAGACCUCGGAGGGCAUCAUCACAGUUACGCUGCCCGUGAUGCCUGCUGGUGACGGCUACACUAUUGACGCCGUCGACACCGGCAACAUCAACAGUGUGUAUGCAACCACUGGUGACUUGAAGGUUGCGGCACGGGGUUUUCGGCAAAUUUUCGGUGUUGUGUAA